AUGGCCAUGGAUUCCCUGUUGCACGAGGGUUUGUCCUGGCUGCUACCGAACCUGGGGCUGGUGGUGAUUGCCCUGGGCCUCAUCACCGCAGCCGCCAUCCCUCGAGUACUCACACCAAAGGCGGCGACGGCGACGGCGACGGCGACAGAGACAGUGAACCCUCCCCACGAGAAUAAGAACGAGAGCGAGAGUGAGAUUCACCCUUUGCUAGACUUUGAUGUCGCCACGAGACCGCCACAUCCGUACCGGCCAUGGAGAUCUGGGAAAUUCGCCAUGACCAUGGGGGUGUCGAAAGUCAAGCCGGAGGAGUGGCUCGACCUCGACAACAAGUACUGGCAGGAGCAGGAGUUACGGCGACAACUAUUGGUUGAAAGCCGGCCCGAGGUCAUGCAGCUUCUGCACGGGUCUGAGGCGGCUUGCAUUGAAGUUCUCGACACGGUGGUCGACUAUCUCACCCGGCGAUAUCCCAGCCUGUUCUACCGUCCCGAGGGCAAGGAUGGUUACAUCUACAACGGCCUGACGAACUUGAGCUUCAAAAUCACAGCCCCAUACGAACUUCACCCCCUCGAGAUUGCUGCUCAGCUGGUCAUGGAGGAUUUGAAUCUGUUGGUGCAAGGAUUUGGUCCAGAACCCGACCAGUAUUAUCUCUCGGCAAGUUUCAGCAUGGCGCCGGCCGGGUGGUAUCUGAAAGAACGGAUUGGGUGGCCACUAUGGAAGAUCCAUGGUCCCGUCCCGCUCUGGGAAGAAAAGCUGCGGUUGUCAGUGGAGAGAUUCUUCCUCCGUAUGAAGCCGGGCGACAUCGUGAUGAGGCAGAACUUCUUCCUGCAAACCAACAAUGCCAUGUUCCAGCAGGAGCCCUUUGCAAAUUCGAUGCUCAGCGCUCCGAAAAUCGAGGACAUUCGCAUCCGUCACGAGCGACAAACCCUACGACGUCUGCCCAAGACUGGCGCCGUCCUGUUUACGGUGCGCACCUAUCUCACGCCGGUGGUCGAUCUACAGGACGAGCCCGACAGCAUUCGAGAGUUUCUGGGGGCUGUCAAUGCAUUGCCGGAAAGUAUGGCUAAAUACAAGGGCCGGGAUGUAUGGGGAGAAGUGGUGGAAAGCUGGUGCAAAAAGCAGCUGGAACAUACAGAUACAGAUAGUGCGUAG